GGCAAAACCACCCUGGUUAAAAAAGUCUAUGAUGAUGCAACGGUGAAGAAACAUUUUGACAGCCAUGCUUGGCUCACUGUUUCCGAGUCAUUCAGGGCUGAGGAUCUCCUGAAGGGCAUGAUUCAAUAACUCUUUAAAGAAAUCAUGCAACCAGUCCCUGUCGGAGUUGAAACUAUGAGCAUCGAUGGGUUGAAAUAUCUGGUUAAUAAUUUUCUGCAACAAAAGAGGUACGUGGUUGUUUUCGAUGAUGUUUGGAAUGUUAAAGAUUGGGAGGCUAUCAGAAACAUGCUACCUGACAAAAAUUGUGGUAGCCGUGUCAUUCUCACAACUCGUUUCACCGAUAUAGCUUCUACCUGUUGCGAAGAAACUGAUGGCGAUGUUUAUCCCUUGACGCCGUUGUCUGAAGAGGAGUCUUGGAUGCUGUUUUGCAACAAGACUUUUCGGGGGAACUUAUGCCCUCCAAACUUGAAGCAAAUUUCUCUUAAAAUCUUAAAAAGAUGCCAGGGAUUGCCGCUUGCAAUUGUAGCGAUAAGUGGUGUUUUGGCUACAAAGGACAGGAGCAUAAUAGACGAAUGGGAAAUGCUUUAUUGCAGCCUUGGUGCUGAAUUAGAGGGAAAUGACAAAUUAGAGAGUAUGAAAAAAGCGCUCUCUCUCAGUUAUAAUGAUCUGCCUCAUUAUUUGAAGAUUUGUUUCUUGUACUUGAGCAUUUUCCCGGAGGAUAAACUGACAUGGUGCAGAACAGUAAUUCCACUUUGGACAGCAGAAGGAUUUGUGAAUGCUAUUGAGGGGAAGACAAUAGAAGAAGUUGCAAAUGGCUACCUCAAUGAGCUAUUCAAUAGGAGCUUGAUUCAAGUGGCAGACAGAGAUCCAGAUGGAAGCCCUUCUUAUUUCUACAUUCACGACCUGAUCCGUGAAAUGAUUGUUUCAAAGGCGAGAGGGCAAAACAUUGUAACAACAAUUUGUAGACAAGGCUCAAGGAGGCCGGAGAAGGUAUGCCGCCUAUUGAUCCGAAGCACCUUGGAUAAUGUGGAAUAUAGCGAGCGUUCUUCUCGACUUCGUUCUCUGUUUGUGUGGGGGCCGAUGGAUUCAUUGCCUAAUGCAUCCUUGCGUGAGUUGUUUAGACAUGGUUCGAGGCUGCUAAAUGUGUUAGAUUUGUCAGGUAUUCCAUUAGAUACUAUACCGAAUGAAGUUUUUAAACUGAUCCAUCUCAGGUACCUUGGCUUGACGAAUACAAAAGUGAAGAUGGUCCCAAAGUUGAUUGGGAAGCUUGAGAACUUGGAGACCUUAGAUCUAGGAAGUACCUAUGUGACUGAGUUGCCUGAUGAAAUCCUACACCUUCAGAAAUUGCGCAAUCUCAUAUCAUUUCAUUGUAAACCAAUAACCGCUAAUUUGAAACUUGGAGAUCUUUGUGGCUUCAAAUCUCCAUCUCAGAUAGGAAGGUUGCAAUAUCUACAAGUGCUGACGUUGAUAGAGGCAGACCAAAACAGUGAAGGUGGGAUUAGUAUAGUGAAAGAGCUGGGGAGACUAACCCAACUAAGGGUGUUAGACAUUGGGAAUUUAAGAAGAGAAGAUGGGGUGAUUUUGUGAUCUUCCAUUGAGAAGCUCAGCAAUCUUCGCAGAUUAAGUGUAAUGUCAACAAAAGAGGACGAGAUCCUUGAUCUGCAAUCUGUGUCUUCAGUUCCUCGAUUUCUUCAAGAUUUACGCUUGAAUGGACGUUUGGAGAAGUUUCCGGGCUGGAUACCUUCUCUCCAUGGCCUUGUCGUUUUAAGUUUAGGGUGGAGCAAGUUAAGGGAUGAUCCUUUGCAAUACCUACAAGAAUUACCCAAUUUGGCUAGGCUUGCAUUUGAACAGACAUACGAAGGUGAGGUAUUGUGUUUCAAGGCAGGAGGGUUUCAGAGGCUUAAACUUUUAUGUCUUUCUAACUUAAAAGGAUUGAGAUGGGUGAGAGUGGAGGAGGGAGCAAUGCCCCACCUUGAAGCUCUAAUUAUCUAUGGGAGUGAAUUGAUGGAGGAGGUCCCCUCAGGCAUCCAACAUCUAACCCACCUCCAAACGUUUGAGCUUCGUGAUAUGUCUGAGAAAUUGAUUUCUAAGUUAAAUCGAGAAGUACAAGAUGAGAAUUAUAGAAAAAUAGCGCACAUUCCUGAAGUUAGAUAUUGGUACUGGGAACAUGGUCAAUGGAAAGUAAAGUCUCUAUGAAGAGAGAGGAAGGGGAGGAGAAGAGCUCUCUCUAGAUUGGAUCAGUAUUA